GUCCCCCUGAGGUGGCUCCGUUCGCUUCACUUCAGCUUUGUCAGCUUGUUAUUUACACAUUUUCAUGGUUUUUGCAUUUCUUAAACAUAAACCUUUUCUUCUUCAGCGCGGAUUUCCUCCACAGAGUGUCGGAGUUUCUCCUCCUAAGGCUAAAGGCCAAUUUAUGCUGACAACGCAGUCCUUGCAGAUGGCGUCGCAGAUGGCGUCUGCGCAGCCCCCCACCCUUCGCAGACGCUCUGCGCGCACCUCCCAAAAAUUGUGACCACCGCAGACAGCGUCGCAGACAAGAGGGCUCUGAUUGGUCCACUCUACAUCCGCUGUACACGCACAUCCACUUCCCUACUUUCCCGGUUUGUUUUGUUUUCACUACCGCCAUUUUUAAAAACAUGAGCGAAGAUGGAGCAGCACGAAGAGCGGUUGAUCGAGGAAGUGAGGAACAUUGCGUCACCGGUGUGUGAGCCCUGGCUGAGAAAAUAAUGUCCCGUGGUUGAAAAUGGGCGUCAGCAGCUCCAAAGCUAAAAGUUACUGGCCCUUUUCUGGCUCCGGAGGCAGCGAUGAAGCAGCCAAAGAAGGUGGAGAGCAGGCAUUGGCCAGAGUGCGGAAUUUCCCAAAUGGUACACCCUUUGUGUUUACCAGGAGAAGCUCUAUGUACUUCGAUGAGGAUGGAGACCUGGCUCACGAGUUCUACGAGGAGACAGUGGUGAUGAAGAACGGACGCAAGAGAGCCAAGCUGAAAAGGAUCCACAAGAACCUCAUACCUCAGGGAAUUAUAAAGCUGGAUCAUCCCUGCCUCCAUGUAGAUUUUCCCAUCGUUAUAUGUGAGGUUUGAUGAAGGAUGAGCUUGGAUCCCACACACGCAUAUAUAUACAGACACACAGACCCCCCGAAGGUUCCGUCCUCUCAUGGACUGUGUACGAGUGUGUGAUUGGAUCCCGACUCAGUUCUGUUUGUAGAAGUGUGUGUGUGAGAGAGAGAGAGAGAAAGAGAUGUGACAAAGACAAAUCUCUACUGUGUCUGCCAGUCGUGUGUGUGUGUGUGUGUGUCACCUGCAUGAACUGUGAUUACUGAUGUGAGGCACUGCAUUAGUACCUCUGUCCUCUGUGCUGAUGUUUAUGAAUGUUCGAGAAGUCGCACUUGUGACAUUGCGCUGCUCCCUCCUGGUUCUAGAUUCACUAUAAACGUCCUUUUAGAGCCACUCUAGAACAGAACACUAUCUGUGAGGCUGUAGAACCCAAAAGAACGUGUCUGAAACAGACCUGACUGACGGCUCGCUCCUGUUUCUGUCGCACAUGUCGUCCUUACAAUCUUGACAGCCAAUAGGGAGACAGUCAAUCACCGUGCGCCCUGCUCUGAUUGGCUGGCUGGUUGUGUGUGUGUGCGAGAGUGAUUUGAUUGAGUAGCUGUACAGAACGCUCACUGUGACCACACCCACUCUGUCUUCACUUCUGUAGCGGAUUGUUCCUGUUAAUUUAUUACAAUCAGUAUGUUUGUUUGUUUUUUAAGAAAUAACACCUGUAAAUGCACAA